AUGAGAUGGCUGAGGGCCUAUAGAUGUCCAUGUCAGAAGAUAAUGAUCAUCGCGGGGUUAGGUCACGUGGUGUGCCAUCCCGCCAAGAGCAACCUUCCCAGGGAUAGCAGGACUGGUAGCAAUGAGGAUAUAAGGAUGGAUGGAUCUCAUUAUUACUCUCGUUGUGGUCAACUCAAAUUGUAUUUUCUUACUAGUUACUUUACUUAA